AUGCUGGUGGUGCGCCACGUGCUGCUCGUUGUUGCCCUCCUGCUGCUGUGCCGGAUUGUGCCGGCUGUUGGGGAUUCAACAAGCAGCAUGAAUGAAGCGAAAGAAGCUCUUUCGCGUGCUAAGCAAGCUGCAGAGACAGCAAAAGAUGUUUUUGAAGCUGCUCUCAAAAUGGCUGAAGGGGCUAAGAAUGAUGCCGUAGGGGGACUAAGUGCUGCGAAGGAGGCACAAACUGCGGCUGAGGACCUUAAAAAUUCAGGUCAACCUGACGUUGAUAAUAAAAAGGCUACUGAAGUUAGGGGAAAGGCGUCAACUGCUGCGACACGUUCUCAGAAGGCAAUGGACCUCCUUCGUACGGCGGCAGGUUUGUCACAAGAGGCAAAGAAUAAGGCAAAGGAAGCGUCGGAUAUGGCGCAUAUGAUCACAGAUGAAGUCAAUAAGGCAAUGGAUUUGUUGGGUGAUUUAGCCCCACAAGAAGUAAAAGAUUUAUUGAAACUCGCAAAAGCGACUGAGGCUGGAUUUUCUCAAGCAGUGAGCGAUGCAACUUCUUCUUCGAGUGACGCAACGAAUGCUCAGGCGAGCGCAAAAGCUGCAAAUGACCACGCCAAGCAGGCAAUGGAUGAAGCUGAAAAGAUAGCGGGCAUAACAGUGAACUCGGAUGGUAUGCACACAGGUACAAAUCAAGAACAUCUGAAGAAAUUCAGUGCAAGUGCCGUAUCGGACGCUACGAAGGCACAUGAAAGCGCUAAAACUGCAGCGGAUAAGGCGAAAACAGCAUAUGAGAACGCUAAGACGGCAUCUGACGCAGCUGGAAAAAUACUGGAUGCUACAGAUCUCGCAGUAGCGGCUGCUGAUAAAGUUGUGAUACAACCUAAGAAACAUAUUUCGCCCUCACAAAGUUCCCAGGGAGGCAUGGGUUCACAAGUGCCACAAAAUAUGCAGGUCAAUGCGAAGCCUGCCAAGGCCGACAUGCGUCGAGUAAAUAACGAAGAUGUUGUGGCUCCUUCUCAAACAAAUAAAGGAAAUGAAGCCGAACAGGGCCAAGUGAUAUCAAAAUAUACGAAAGAAGUGCAAGUACCUAACAAUACUCCUGUUACAGCCGCUUCUCAAACACCGGCAGAAGGAAAGGACAACACCCUAACACUUCCCCCUGCAGAUGCACCCAACGCAGCCGAUGCACAAGCCCCGCCAGCCGGUGAUUCAGAGGCAGUCGACGUGCCUAAU